AUGCAGGCCCUCGAUCGGCGAGAGAUCCUGGACAAGCUGGAGAAGAUAGUUCUAUCAACACACUUCACCUUCCUCGUUGGACGGGAAAGUACCCCAAUCACCAUACAUGCAGAUGUUGUGAAGGACAUCUCAGCUCCUCUGCAUGCGAUGAUCAACAACGGAGUGAUGAUAGAGUCAGCCACCAAAGUUGCGGUUUUGGAAGACGUCGAGGUCAAAGUCUUUCAGAAGUUUUGUCAAUUUGCGUAUACUGGAGACUAUACUGUUGAUGAAAUUGAUCCUGAUAAAGAGGACGAAGUAAAGGAUUCGGCAGACACCACCGCUCAAGACAGAUCUGACGCCAAAAAUCCUUCAAUUUUCAUUAGUGAAAGUCAGGCCAAGACAUCAAACACUCCCUCUACGCCCAUUUCCCGACAAAUCAAGACCACUACUCGUCGAAACACAACUACAUCUCCUGAAUAUCUCCGGUUAAGAACUCGGAUUAGAGGACAGUUUCAAAAGCUCAGGCACAGCUACUCACCGGGACACCAGUUGAAUUAUAUCGCAAAAAUUCAUGUUGAUAUUUUCAUUUUUGCCAACAAAUAUUUGAUUGAGUCAUUGCGGCGCAAGUCUCUAGACUAUCUCCACUAUGAGAUAGAGAAUAUCAAACCUUGCCCGACACCCAAAACGAUCGUGAGUCUGCUUACAUAUAUUCACGACUGCACGACACCCUUUGAGCGCGUUGGUAUGUUUGAGAUUCGUGAAUUGAUCUAUCGAUAUGCUUCUUGUCAUAUCAUGGAUGUGGCCUCCGAACCAUCUUUCCAAUACCUUAUCCGUGAGCGGCCGUAUAUUGUACAUAAUCUCUUCAAAGCACUGACUAUGUAG